AUGGAAGAAAUUGAAAUGAAUAAUGAUGAAUUAAAAAAUACAAAAUGUAAUUUAGAUGGCGAUCCUAAGAUAGGUUGGUUAUGUAAUAAAAAUGGUUUACUUUUAAAAACAUAUGGAUGGCUAGUUGAAAAUUCUGUAGGAAUUAUAUUGUUAAUACAUGGAUUCAAAGUUCAUACUCGAUCAACUUUUAUGAGAAAGAAAUUAAAAAUAGCAAAUAGAAAUGAAAGCUUAGUAGUAGACACUCAUAAUUACUAUAUUUAUAAAGAUAGUUGGAUUGAAAAAUUUAAUCAAAAUGGUUAUUCAGUAUAUGCAUUAGAUUUACAAGGGCAUGGUGAAUCACAAGCAUGGAAUAAUGUAAAAGGUGAUUUUAGUUGUUUUGAUGAUUUAGUUGAUGAUGUAAUACAAUAUAUGAAUCAGAUUCAAGAUGAAAUCUCAAAUGAUAACCAAAAGGAUGAUGGAUCUCAUGAUAUAGUAACACAUAAAAAAGAAAAACUUCCUAUGUAUAUUAUAGGGUAUUCGAUGGGAGGAAAUAUUGCUUUAAGAAUAUUACAGUUAUUAAAGAAAGAGCAAGAAGAUAGAAUUAAUUCUGAAGAUGCAAAUGACAAUAAAAAAUGUAACAUUAUGUUAGAAAAUUCUACUAAUAUUAAUGAAAUUGACAAUGAUAUGAACAAUUCUAAUGAUUAUGAUUCCGAUAAUUCCUGUGCUAAUAUCUCUGCUACGAAAAAUUCUAUUACUAGUGAUAAACAUGAAAGCUGCUAUAAUUAUUUAGAUAAAUUAAAUAUUAAAGGUUGCGUAUCUUUAUCUGGUAUGAUAAGAAUAAAAUCAAUAUUGGAUCCUGGAAACAAAUCAUUUAAGUAUUUUUAUUUACCACUAGUAAACUUCCUGUCUUAUGUCUUGCCUCAUGCAGAAUUUUCAUCAGAAUCACGUUAUAAAAAAUCCGGAUAUUUUCCUAAUAUAUGUAAAUGUUAUAAAUUUCUAAAUAUUGAUGGAAGAAAAUAUAAAUAUAAGUCUGAAUUUAUAAAAGCAACGGUUACAUUGGAUUGUAAUAUUAAUUAUAUGCCAACAGAUAUUCCUUUAUUAUUUGUGCAUUCAACAGAUGAUAGUAUUUGUUGUUAUAAAUGGACGGCUUCAUUUUAUAAUAAAAUAAAUGUUAGUAAAAAAGAAUUACAUACCGUUGAUGAUAUGAAUCAUUUUACAACGACAAUGCCAGGAAAUGAAAACAUUUUAAACAAAAUUAUUGAUUGGAUUUCUAAUUUAAGAAAGGAUGAUAAAGAUGAAAAGGAAAAUGAACUAUAA